AUGGAAUUGGCCCCGACAUUGAACGCUCGAAAUGAUGAUGAUGUGGGCGCUAUUAAUAGUGGAGGGAUGCCCAAAUGGAGGGCUUGUCGUGGAUUGAUCUCACGACUACUCCUGAUAGGUCUAUGCACAGUUUCUGUCAAUGCAGCUAGGGCAAAACAUGACAAUUGUAAGUCGGAAAAACUUAGAGAAUUAGUGCUGGAAACCGUCGGUACAUAUCCUCAUCAGUACAGUUAUCAAGCUAAAUAUAUGAAACAACAAGCAGAAGAACGAUUCGGGAACUGGUGGAGCGCUGUGAUUGUUGGUGAUCGAGGAGGAUAUGGGAUGAGCGCUGUCUAUGACCAGUAUAAAAAUACAAGCUGCGAAAUGCAACUAUUCGGCACAUUCUACUGGCUUGGACGUACGUGCUGA